GAGAGACAAAUUGUAAGGAUAAAAGGUACUAGGAGAACUGGGGUGGAAAAUAGAGAUGUCUCCGAACACAUAUUCCGGCACAGAUCAUGGACCCUUGCUAGAGGCUUGUGAUGAUGAUGAUGAUGAUGAAGAUAUUCAUGGUGGAGAUCAUCAAGAAACAAGUAAUGGAGGGUGGGGGAAGAAAGUGUUGGACGUGGAGGAGGCCAAGAAGCAACUUUUGUUUUCCCUUCCAAUGAUUGUUACCAAUGUUUUCUAUUACUCCAUAACCUUGGUGUCUGUCAUGAUCGCCGGCCACCUUGGCGAGCUUGAGCUCGCCGGCGCAACUCUUGCAAACUCGUGGGCGGUUGUCACCGGCCUCGCCACCAUGAUUGGAUUAAGUGGAGCCCUUGAAACACUUUGUGGGCAAGGAUUUGGAGCAAAAUUAUACAGAAUGUUGGGAAUUUAUCUACAAGCCUCUUGUAUCAUAUCUUUCCUCUUCUCUGCCAUCAUAGCCGUCAUCUGGUUCUAUACAGAACCCAUACUGAUCUUACUUCAUCAAGAUGCUGACAUUGCAAAGACAGCCGCCCUCUAUAUAAAGUUUCUUAUUCCAGGAUUAUUUGCAUAUGGCUUCCUGCAAAACAUGUUGAGGUUUCUUCAGACACAAUCUAUUGUUUGGCCCCUGGUUGUAUUCUCAGGGCUACCAUUGCUUUUUAAUGCUGGUAUUGCAUAUGCUUUAGUACAUUGGACAGCUCUCGGUUUUAAGGGAGCUCCAUUAGCAGCUUCGAUUGCAUUAUGGCUAUCAGCAAUUAGUUUGGCCAUGUAUGUGACUUGUGCAAAGAAAUUUGAGCAAACAUGGGAGGGAUUUUCAUUGGAAUCUUGCCGGUACAUUUUUUCAAACUUGAAACUAGCUCUGCCCUCUGCAGCAAUGGUAUGCUUGGAGUACUGGGCUUUCGAGAUUCUGGUGCUCUUAGCAGGACUGUUGCAAAACUCAGAAACAACUACUUCGCUGGUUGCAAUGUGCGUGAAUACAGAAGCUAUUUCUUUCAUGUUCGCAUAUGGUCUCAGUGCUGCUGCAAGCACAAGGGUGUCAAAUGAAUUGGGAGCAGGCAAUGCCAACCGGGCUAAGAAUGCCAUGUCUGUGAGUGUUAAGCUCUCUCUGCUUCUUGCCUUCACAGUUGUUUUGGCUCUUGCACUUGGUCACAAUAUAUGGGCUAGUUGCUUCAGUAGCAGCUCUGAAAUCAUAAAGGAAUUUGCUUCAAUGACACCUCUUCUUGCAAUUUCAAUAUUCAUUGAUGCAGUGCAAGGUGUCUUGUCAGGGGUGGCCAGGGGAUGUGGUUGGCAGCACUUGGCUGUGUACGUUAACUUGGCAACCUUCUAUGUCAUCGGUGUGCCAAUUGGAUGUGUCCUCGGAUUUAAGUCAAAACUACAAGCUAAGGGUUUGUGGAUAGGCUUAAUCUGUGGCCUCUUCUGCCAAGCCGGCACCCUCUUGUUGAUUACACUCCGCACAAAAUGGGAUAAACUGGAUCUUCUCGAGAAAGGUAAUAAAGAAAACCCUGUCUCAGUCUAGCUCAAAGCCAAGCAGAAAAGCAAUGAUCAACACAGCCUGCAGCUCGGGUGAAGUAAAUGACCAGUGACACAUUUUGGCAACAGCAGCAUAUAAAAACACUCACAUUUUAUGAUGAUACACAUGCAAAUCUUAAGUCUUCA